AUGUCUCAAAGUUCGAAAGAGAAAGACCCGGCUUGGUGCUAUGGUGAGAGAGUUAAUGAGAAGAAUACAAAUUUUGUAUGCAAGUUUUGCAACAAGAUUACAACGGGUGGCAUUUAUCGCUUUAAAUACCAUCUAAUUGGUGGCUAUAGAAAUGUCACAAGUUGUCCGAAAUGUCCACCGGAGGUGAGGGAAGAAAUAAAGAACUUUGUUGAGAAGAAGAAGGAGCAAAAAAAUCAAAUGGUUCAUCAACCAAUGGUGACCAAUCUUGAUGAUGAUGAUGAUGAUGAUGAUAUUGAAGAAUUGUCACUUCCAACAAAACGGGGAAGAGAUGGGUCAAGCCAUGGCUCAUCGACUAAAGUUAGAGCUUUUGCACGAUGGGUCUAUGAUGCUGGGCUCCCCUUCAAUUGUGUCAACUAUGACACUUUUGGAGACUUUAUUGAGGCCGUUGGUCAAUACGGACCUGGAAUGAAGCCUCCCACUUACCAUGAAAUAAGAGGUCCUUAUCUAAAUAAGGAAGUGGAGGAGACUAAUAAAAUUAUUGAGGAGCAUAAAGUUGUAUGGAACAAGUACGGCUGCUCCAUUAUGAUGGACAAGUGGACGGCAAGAACGGGGAAAAUGAUUAUUAAUGUGUUGGUGAAUUCUCCCCGGGGAAGUUUGUUUCUUGAAUCCAUUGAUGCUAGUGACUCAUCCACCGAUCACAUCAAAAUGUUCACCUUGUUUCAGAACACUAUCGAAAAGAUUGGUCCAAGCAAAGUUGUUCAAGUGGUCACUGAUAAUGCAAGUGAAAAUGUGAAAGCAGGUGGCAUGAUUGAAGGAGCGUACAAGAAUGUCUAUUGGACUCCAUGUGCGGCUCAUUGUAUCAACUUGAUGUUCGGGGACAUUUUCAAGGAAAGACCCUUCUCUACAGUUUUUGGCAAGGGCGUUAGGUUACAUUCUUAUAUUUGUCAGCGGCCCUUGUUAUUGAAUAUGAUGAGAAGAUUCACCAUGCAAAAGAAUUUGGUGAAACCGGGCAAGACAAGGUUCGCCACUGCUUUCUUGACUUUGCGUAGUCUCCACUGUCAAAAAGACAAUUUGAGAAAGAUGGUCACUUCAGAGGCAUGGAGCAGGAGUAAAUUUGCAAAGGAAAGUGCGGGGAAAGAGGUUGCACGCAUUAUUCUUUCUUAUUCUUUUUGGAAUAAUGUCCUUCAUGCUCUUAAAAUUGGUGGCCCUUUGGUUAAAGUACUCCGUUUGGUGGAUGGGGAGGCAAAACCAUCAAUGGGCUACCUCUAUGAAGCUAUGGAUAGGCCCAAGGAGACUAUUCAAGCAUCAUUCAGUGAUGAGCAAAAAUAUGCAAAGCUGGACUUAUUCUGA